AUGGCGUCCAAACCAGCGGCGGCUACGACUAAAGCGUCACGCCUGUUCUAUCCUUUCAGGGCUCUAGGGGCGGUAACAGAUGGACUUCCUUUCGUGCUGAACCGGAGAGGAGACGAAUGCUUUCUGGCCGUGUCCAUAGAUCGAGCUUUUCAGAUCUAUCGAUGCGACCACCUCAGGGUCGUUCUCGUUUCACCCCCGAUGAGCAAGAAAAUAACGUGCCUGGAGUCGUGGGGCAACGAGCACACCUUCGUCGGGUGUGGGCGUGAGGUGCUAGGGUGGAGGCGCUUGUCGUGCACGGGGUCCCUCGGUUCACACCCCGGGACGGUUCGCUUCCUGCUGUGCGUCGGCAACACGCUCGUGUCUCUUUGCGAGGAGGGCCGCCUCAAGGCUUGGGAUCUCAAGCACCGCCCCGACGGCAAGAGCAAGGGGUCCCGCGGGGGUCCCCAGGGGGUAGGGGAGGGUGUCGUGGGUAAACCGACCUGCGACGCGGCUUUGGAAGGGGGCUUCGUGCCGACAGCGCUGGCGCACCCGCCGACGUACCUGAACAAGGUGGUGGUGGGCUCGGAGGGAGGAGCCUUGCAGCUGUGGAACGUUAGGGCGGGCAGGGGAGGCGGGUANCCUAAGGGUGCGACGGUGAGCUGUAUCGAGCCGUCCCCCGCCCUGGACGUGGCAGCCGUUGGCCUCAGUGAUGGCCGUGUACAGGUGCUCAACCUCAGGACCGACGAGCUACUGAUCAGCUUCAAGCAGGAGGUAGGCGUCACCAGCCUGUCCUUCAGAACGGACGCCGCGGCGGCCGAACUGCCGCUGCUGGCUUCGGGCGGGGGGGACGGGCGCGUGUGCCUGUGGGACCUCAAGGAGCGGCGCCUGCACCACACGAUGGGGGCCCACGAGGGGGGCAUUGCCAAGCUGCAGUUCUUGCCCAGGGAGCCGGUGCUGGUAAGCAGCGGGACGGACAACUGCAUCAAGAUGUGGGUUUUCGACUCUCCUGACGGGACGGCGAGGCUCCUGAGGAGUAGGGAAGGACACCGCGCGCCCCCUCGCGCAGUCCGGUACUAUGGCAACACUACUCUCGCCACCAUGGGGGAGGGGGCGGACGCGACGGCGCUUUGUGUCCUGUCGGCUGGCACCGACCGUUCUUUCAGGGUCUUCCACACCGUCAGGGAUUGCCUGAGCCAGGAACUUUCCCAGAAGCCGCUCGUCAAGGUGGCUACCCGACACCGGGUUACGACACAGGACGACUUUAAACUCCGGCCGGUGUUGUCCUUCGCCGCCAGCGAGACCCGGGCUAGAGACUGGUGCAAUAUCAUCACCUGCCACGAGUAGGAUAGCAAUGCCUACGUGUGGAGCUACGCCAAGCGGGCCGCCGGCACCCACGUGCUGAGGCAAAAGCACUGGCCUGGCAACGCCAUGAUGCACCCUCCGGACCCAAACGCGUUCGCCACGUCCGUUGCGAUCAGGUCGGUUGGUCCGUGUGUUCCCGUUGAAAACCGUUUCAAGUUCCCCAUGAUGUCGGUUUCGAUGCUAUGUUCGGCGCGUUAUUCCAUCGGUAGUACCGGUCCCACUGACUAACGCAGACGCCUUCCGUCAUCACAGGCUUACGAACAGAAAGACAUUUGUUGAUAAAAUCCAGUGUAAGGCAUGGAUAAGCUUAAAAAAAUAUGCCCAGUAUCAGGCGGGCUAUUCCCCCCAUUCACUGUAAAGCCUUCCACCCAUACCCUUCGACUGUGGUUAUAUAUUGAACGGGUAAUCUGUGUUUGUUUGUAUGUAUAUUUCCUAAAAUCGCACAGACAAGCAACAGAGUUCCACAAGGAGGGAAAAACGACCCAGAAAUAUGUAGUCAGCACAAGCGUACACGGGUAUACGCCAACACAAGCUGACCUAUAUUUGUGCCAUGAUGAAACGAUCGUACAGUGGCUGCGGCAACUAUGGCCUGGUGGGUACA